CUUCCACUUUCAGUUUCAUCAGACACAACAAAAAACACAAAUCUUUUCUUAUCCAAAUUCAAAUUUUAAUCCGGCAUGCACUAUCCUUACACCAGACCCGGAUUCAUCGGAGCUUCAGAUACCCAGACCCGGUAUCCGUAUCAGGAGCAGUUGUCACCGGAGCAAGAGCUGUCAGUGAUAGUCUCCGCCUUGCAACACGUCAUCUCAGGUGAAAGCGAUACGACGCCGUAUCCGGGUUUCUCCAGUGACAGCACAGUGAUAAUGCCUCGGUCCGAUUCCGACACUUGUCAAGUUUGUAGAAUCGCUGGUUGUCUGGGCUGCGACUACUUUUUCGCGCCAAAUCGGAGAAUUGAAAAGAGACAACAAGUCGUCGUAGUAGAAGAAGAAGAAGAUGGGGUUACUAGUAAUAGUAGUGGAAGAGAGAGCUCUGCGACGACGACGGCGAAGAAAGCGGAAGGCGGGAAGAUAAGGAAGAGGAAGAACAAGAAGAAUGGAUACAGAGGAGUGAGGCAGAGACCUUGGGGAAAGUUUGCAGCUGAGAUCAGAGAUCCUAAGAGAGCGGUACGUGUCUGGCUCGGCACCUUUGAAACAGCUGAGGACGCGGCUAGGGCCUAUGAUCGAGCAGCUGUUGGGUUCCGUGGGCCACGGGCUAAACUCAACUUCCCGUUUGUGGACUACACUUCAGCUACCUCUCACGUUGAGAAUGAAAGUAUAAGUGUGAGUGCAAGAGCGAGUGCGAGUUUAAGCGGAGGGGAUUCUGUUGAAGCAGAGCAAUGGUGUGGAGGUGAAUGUGAUAUGGAUGAAUAUUUGAAGAUGAUGAUGAUGAUGGAUUUUGGGAAUGGAGAUUCUUCAGAUUCAGGAAACACAAUUGCUGAUAUGUUUCAGUGAAAUGUUUUACUUUGUUCUUUAUUCUUGGCUUUUUUUUUAUAGUUAAGUGCAAGAGGAAAGUGACACUGAAACCAAUGAUAAUCACCAUUAUUUGUUUG